GCUGGCCCGGACGGCAGCCGGGCGCACCUCUCUGUCUUCAGCGUCCUGGUCCUCACCCUGUUGGCCAUGCUGGUGGUGGCCACGUUCCUCUGGAACGGGCUGGUCCUGGCCACCAUCCUCCGGGUGCGCACUUUCCACCGGGUGCCCCACAACUUGGUGGCCUCCAUGGCCGUCUCUGACGUGAUGGUGGCGGCCCUCGUCAUGCCCCUCAGCUUGGUGCGGGAGUUGUCCGGGCGGCGGUGGCGGCUGGGCCGGUCGCUCUGUCAGGUGUGGAUCUCCUUCGACGUGUUAUGCUGCACCGCCAGCAUCUGGAACGUCACGGCCAUUGCCCUCGACCGCUACUGGUCCAUCACCCGCCACCUGGAGUACACACUCCGCAUCCGACGCCGCAUCUCCAACAUCAUGAUUGCGCUCACCUGGGCACUCUCUGCCUUCAUCUCCUUGGCCCCGCUGCUCUUUGGCUGGGGAGAGACUUACUCAGAGGACAGUGAGGAGUGCCAAGUCAGCCAGGAGCCUUCCUACACCAUCUUCUCCACCUUUGGCGCCUUCUACCUGCCCCUCUGCGUGGUCCUCUUUGUGUAUUGGAAGAUCUACAAGGCCGCCAAGUUUAAAAAGAAGAGCAACUCCAUCACACCCAUCACACCUGAAGCCCUGGAGGUAAAAGAAGCUGCCCAGCAGCCACAGAUGGUCUUCACUGUCCGUCACGCCACUGUUGCGUUCCAGACGGACGGAGACACGUGGAGAGAGCAGAAGGAAAAGAAAGCUGCCCUCAUGGUGGGCAUCCUCAUUGGGGUCUUCGUGCUCUGCUGGAUCCCCUUCUUCAUCACGGAACUCAUCAACCCCCUCUGCUCAUGCGACAUCCCACCCAUUUGGAAGAGUAUUUUUCUAUGGCUAGGCUAUUCAAAUUCCUUUUUUAAUCCACUCAUCUACACUGCUUUCAACAAAAACUACAACAAUGCCUUCAGGAACCUAUUCUUUAGACAGCACUGA